GCCGUACAGCAAGUAUUGUUGAGUAGCAUUUGCAAUUAGGAAUUGUUGUCCGCGGAGGAAGAAGCAGCCGAGGCAUGCCGUCGCUUCAAGCGGGGAUGGGCGGCGGCGAGGGCGAGGCCGCCGGCGGCAGGAAAGGCGGCGGCGCGUCGGGAAAUAAUGAUGACGGUACGAGUACCACGACGACGACGCUGGUGAGCCUCCUACGGGCGAGGUCGGAGCGGAGCGCCCGGGAGGAGGAGAGGGUGGAGUGGGUGCGGUCGCAGCUCGUCGGCCGCGACGCCGAGUUCGAGACGCCCUUCGGCCGCCGCGCGCUGCUCUACGCCGACCACACCGCCACCGGCCGCAGCCUGCGCUACAUCGAGGACUACAUCCUCAAGCACGUCCUCCCCUUCUACGGGAACACGCACACGGAGGACAGCUACGUCGGCAGCCGGACGACGCGGACGGCGGGGAAGGCGGCGCGCUACAUCAAGCGGUGCAUGGGCGCGGGCCCCGGCGACGCGCUGCUCUUCUGCGGGUCGGGCGCCACGGCGGCGGCGAGGCGGCUGCAGGAGGCGCUCGGGAUGGCGCCGCUCCCGCCGGCGCUGCGGCUGGCGGCGCUGCCGCUGCGCCCCGAGGAGCGGUGGGUCGUCUUCGUGGGGCCCUACGAGCACCACUCCAACCUGCUGUCGUGGCGCCGCAGCCUCGCCGACGUCGUCGAGGUCCCCGCUGGCGCCGACGGGCUCGUCGACCUCGCCGCGCUCCGGAGCGCGCUGGCAGCGCCCGAGCACGCCGACCGCCCCAUGCUCGGCGCCUUCUCGGCGUGCAGCAACGUCACCGGCGUGCUCACCGACACCCGCGCCAUCGCCCGCAUCCUCCACCAGCACGGCGCCUUCGCGUGCUUCGACUUCGCCGCCAGUGGGCCCUACGUGGACAUCGACAUGAGGUCCGGCGAGAUGGACGGCUACGACGCGGUGUUCCUGAGCCCGCACAAGUUCGUCGGCGGGCCGGGCACGCCGGGGAUCCUGCUCAUGAACCGCGCGCUCUACCGCCUCGCCGGCCACCCGCCAUCCACCUGCGGCGGCGGCACCGUCGCCUACGUCAACGGAUUCAGCGAGGAGGACACUGUGUACUACGACGACAUCGAGGAGCGGGAGGACGCCGGCACGCCGCCAAUCGUGCAGAAGGUGCGCGCGGCGCUGGCGUUCUGGGUGAAGGAGCACGUCGGCCGCGGCGGCGCCGUCGCGCUGCGGGAGCGCGCCUACGCGGAGGCGGCCAUGGCGCGGCUGCGGGCCAACCCCGACGUGGAGGUGCUCGGCAACGUCACGGCGCGGCGCCUGCCCAUCUUCUCCUUCCUCGUCUACCCGCCUGGCGGCAAGAGCGGGCGGCGGCUGCCCCUGCACGGGCGGUUCGUGGCCAGGCUCCUGAACGACCUCUUCGGGAUCCAGGCCCGUGGCGGGUGCGCGUGCGCGGGGCCCUACGGGCACGCGCUCCUCGGCGUCGGCAGGGAGCUCUCGCUUCGCAUCCGCGCCGCCAUCGUGCGGGGGUACCACGGCGUGAAGCCCGGGUGGACGCGGGUGAGCCUCGCCUACUACAUGUCCCGGGAGGAGGUCCGAUUCGUGCUCGCCGCCGUCGACUUCGUGGCCGCGCACGGGCACCGCUUCCUCCCGCUCUACGGCUUCGACUGGGCCACGGGGGACUGGGCGUUCCGGCGGCGGACGUUCAAGCACCACGUCAUGAGGGAGGAGCUGCUGCGUGGCGGCGACCAUCGUCGCGAUGACGCCGAAAGCUACAGGAAGAAGAAGAGCACCGCCGCCGGCGGCGGGGACGAGCACGGCCUCGGUGACAGGUACGAGAGGUACCUGGAGAUCGCCACCAGGAUCGCGCUGUCGCUGCCGGACACGUACGACGAGCUGGUGUCGAGCGUGCCCAAAGGAAUAGACCCGGACAUCAUACUCUUCCGAGUGUGAUUCAAUUCACGGCUGUCCAACCGAUAUCGUCGAUCGACUUGUUUAUCUAAUAAUUGAUCCCUAAAAUAGUAUACUAUAUAUAUACUGUAUAUAGAGUAGUACAUAUAACAGACUCGUACAUACAUAGUUUUCUUUUUUUUUCUGGAAACCAAAAUUAUAGAGUUUCUUACAACACGGUGAAAAGGGCAAGUAGAAUCUGUGUUGCCAUACAGCACUUUGUACCAUACUAUCUGUGAGAGGUAUCGUAGAACCUUGCGUAAAGUUGAGAGAUACUCCCUCUAUUUUAAUUUAUAGAUUGUUUUAA